AUGAUACCCUUUACUGAAUCUUGUGGAAACUAUGCACGUGUACCACCGAUUACCGAUAUACACAGCACCUACCAUAUACAACCAAAUCACUCGAAUGGAUCUAGUUCAACUUAUCCAUCCAGUGAAAAUACUGUCUGUUCUCGAAGAGGAAGACGAUCAACUGUUCCACCUGAAAUCAGAGAACAAACACGUCGGUUGAAGAAACAAAAUAUGGAACGUAGACGACGUGCAUGUAUCUCGGAUAAAAUGAAUGCAUUGCAUAAUUUAGCAAUGAAUCUUAUUGGAAUUGAUCCAAACAAAUAUCAUAAAGUUGAGAAAGCCGAUAUCUUGAAUUUGUGUCAAAGUGUAUUUGAAGGAAUUACAAACAUUGCAAAAGAUGAACCUGAAUUCCAAGAACGUUUAAGAAAAUUACGUUACAAUUUGAAUGAGAUCUCAAACUCUUCCUCAAUAUCCUCAACAACAACAAUAACAACAACAACAUCAUCACCGUCAUUAUUUACAUCAACAAGUAAUUCCUCAUCAAAUGUCAAUGAAGAUAUAAAAAAUAUUGUGAAUGUGAAUGGGAAUGGCAAUUCACUAAGAAAAUUCACUCGACAUCCACAUCACCAUCGUUCCUAUCAUCAAAGUCAACAACAUUCACACUCUAAUACCUCUAUUUCUUGUUCGACGAUGAAUACCACUACUACUACUACGCCAAUGUUCAGUGCCCUGAAAAUCUCGUCUCCAGUGCCAACUUGUGAUAAUGUCGACCAGAAAAUUGAUGAAGACAAUAAGGAGAACAGAAUACCGAGAUUGAUAAUAAGAAAUACUUCAUCGAUUGAACAUUACAGCACUCCUUAUCUUAACAAUGUUAUUAUCAAUAGUACCUGUAAUUCAACUCCAAUCUCCUCCUAUGUCACUUAUACCUCCGCCUCCACCUCUUCAUCAACAUCAGCAUCAUUCUCAUCAUCUUCCGUCACAUCAACUCCAGUGAAUAAUCUGCAUUCACGAGUUAAUGGAUUGAUGAUGCAAUGGCAGUCGACACCGUUACAAUAUAAUGACAAAUACAAUUCAUUAUUGAGUGAUUCUGAUAGUGGUUUUUUCAGUAGUGGAACUCAGUCAGUGGGAUUCACACCGAAUGCGAAUAAUGUAGUUGGUGUUAGUAGGACAAAUGUGAGUAUGGAUUCUGCUCAAUCUACAGACUUGUGUUCUGUGAAAUUACCAAACAUAGAUCAGAGAUCCUGUAAUGUAUUUAUGAAUUGUAUGAGAAAUAUGUCGUCAAUAUCACCUUCGUCAUUGUCAUGUGAUGAUCAUUUGUCAGCUUUCACUGUGCCUGUAAGGCGAUCGGGAUUAGUUGAAAUGAAUAAAUCCGUUGAUCUACAUAAUACCAGUGUUCGACAUAGUAAAUUGGAUAAUGCAUUGAUGAACGAUUCUAUGAGUUGUACGAGAGGAUUAAUCUCUUCAUCUACUGAAGUUGCAUCUGAGACAAUAAAUACUAAACAUCCAGUAAUGUGGAGACCAUACUUAGAUUAGAAUUGAUGAUGAUUUCGGUUUCUUUUUCUUGUAAAUAUUUAAAACAGAUUUCAUUUUAAGAUUAUUUCACAUUUGAUUUUUAUCAUUUAUUUUAAACAGAAUAUAUGCCAAUUUUAGUUUUUUUAAUUCUGUACAGAUUCAAAUUGGAGUUCUUUAAUUAACAGGAUUCUACAUUUUAUCCAUAAAAUAGUAUUUUUUAAAAAAAAUGUUUGUUUCAAUAAAUAAUUAUGAAAUUUAGUUACAUUCGUUUUGCGUUAAUUCUAGUCUGUAAUUACCUUCGUUCCAUUUUCGUGAUUGUCGCUCGGACAUUUGUUUGUCGAGUGAUUGUUAUACUGUGC